AUGAGUUUCGGUUCGUUAAGAAGAACAAACGCCAAAGCGCUGCGAAAGAAGAUACAGGUCAACGACGACGAUGACGAUAAUGUUGAGAACACGCGGGGCGAGGAGGGUGUGGGAGAGAAGGAGCAGGCCGCUGUCGCCGACGACGAGUUGGAGCGAAGCACAAAGGCGAUGUCUAUGAACGGCGGCAAGAAAUCGUCAAAGUCAACGAAAUCCAAGGGGAAGAAGUUUGCGUUGAGUUUUGGAGAGGACGAGGAGGUGGGUGGGGGCAGUGAAAUCGAUUUGCGCCGAUUGUUUGAGGAAUACUCAAGUCACGGUCCUAAAAUUACGCAGGGAGAUGGAGACUUCACGAUCAAAAAGUCAGCCGCGAGCAAAAGGAUGGCGAAAGCGAAGCUGAAUCGUGAUCUAGUGCCCGAACGCGAGGAGCACAACUCUCACUCCGCCGUUGGAGAUUACUCUGCCGAGAGCCUGCGGGAGAUGAGGGAAAGCCAGACGACUGCACCGCCACGGGCCACGCAGACGUCAGACCUUUUCUCAGGAGCGGCGCUGCCUGCCUUAGGCGCGGAUGCCGUGAUCCCUGAUGCUGCUGCUAUUCACGCGGCGAGAACGCUGAGAGAGCAGAAGAGGGCAGGGGCGAUCAGUGGUGUCAAUGAGACGAAUGACAGUAGCGAGACAACUUCGAACUUCAUAGCGCUAUCAUCGAAUUCCAGAGAGGUUGGACAAAUCCUGACCCGAGAAUCUCGGCUGGUCAACGAAGACGACGAGGAUGAAGGACCAGAAGCGUUUGAAGAUUACGAGCGCGAUCGGCUUACAUUUGGUAGCGCGGCCGUCAAGGAAGAGGAGGAGCGCCGGAAGAACGAGUUCGAAGGGAACUUGAUAGAAGCACAAGAGGACGACCAAGAAGAUGAGGAGCUCGAACGAUGGGAGAAGGAGCAGAUCCGGAAAGGAAAGAAGCGCACAACGCACAAUACCGCAAAGGUCCCAACAGCGUCACAACAACCCAAACUCACGAAGAUCCCUAUUGUUGCACCAGUUAUACCCCUCAUCUCCGUGUCGGCCCGACUUGCCGCAAAUCUGCAAGAACUGGAAACAGCACAUGCACAGCACACCAAUCAACUGGCAAUGACUGAAUCAGAGUUGACCAAAUCAGCAUCAAAAGCAACCGCGCUGGAAUCUGAUCUCAAGCAGUCUUCGGAUCGGUACGACUACUUCAACGAUCUAAGAACGUAUAUUGGGGAUCUGGCGGAGUUCCUUGAUGCGAAGUUUCCUGAGUUGGAAUCGCUAGAGAAGGAAUACUCGAAGCUCCUGUCUGCCCGCACACGGCUAGCACAUGAACGACGACAGAUCACUCAGGAUCAUUGGUUUUCGAGUUUCAUGAAUUGGCAUGCUCCACCGCCGGAGCCAAUGGAGACAGACAACGACUCGGAAUCCAGUGAGACGCUGACGGAGGACGAAAUGCAUGAGAUCAAAGCCAGAGUAGAAGAAGGCAAAUCCCGCAUGUUCGAAGAUGUCGGCCAUGAGUUUCGCUCGUUGCGCAUGAUCAAGCAAAAGUUCGAGACUUGGAAAGCAAAGUACGCCAAGGAAUACGAUGAGGCAUAUGGUGCGCUGAGUAUUCCUGGCAUCGUUGAGCUGUUUGUACGGCAUGAGUUCCUGGCGUGGGAUCUGUCAAAGUCAUCGCCCGGUUUCGAGGACAUGCAAUGGCAUCAUACACUACACGACUACGGGAUAAGCACAAACGACAUGCACGACGGGAGCAAUCCGGAUACGGACGUCCUAUCGCGGAUAGUCGCAAAAGUCAUAAUACCACGGCUGCAGCUUGCUGUGCGCACGUACGACCCAUACUCGGACGAGGAGACCUCGGCGCUCUUACUGGCUGUGAAUCAGUGCCUGGAUUACGUGGAAACCAGUAAUGAAGCCUUCAAGGGAUUGUUAGCGACAAUUGAGAAGCGAUUCCAGGACGUCACAACCCGGAUAUGUGAUCGGUAUAACUUCUUCACGGCCACGCAGCGCCCUGUUACGCAAGAAGCGAUCGAGUCCAAGACACAUUGGUAUUGGACGUCAUAUAAGUUGUUUGCAAACAUGAUGCGAUGGACACGGCUCUCGCGGAUGUUCUUCCAGUCAUUGGUCGUCGAUUUGAUGCUCAAUCGACAGCUUGUUCCCAUCCUCCGGUCAUCACUUGAAGUGGACACUUUGGUGAAGAUCGAGAAGAUUUCGCAACUGAUGCCAACCAGCUGGCUGAUCGACGAGAUGGGGAUGGCCACUCGACCGAAGUUCUUGAACUAUUUCGAUGCUGCGAUAGCGUACUUCACGAAACAAUAUCAGCAAUCCCAAACGCCUAUCGAGUAA